CCGAAUCCGUGAUACAUACUGGGAGGCUGACGCGGCUAGACCAACGCAGCGGUGUUCCCUGUACCUUCCCAUUCCUCAGUAGUUGGGAGAUCUAGUAUUUAAUCAUGUUCUAUCACGUAAGUGUUCCGCGCUUGCUCCGUAUAUAGUUAUCGUGGAGGCUCCUGCUUGGGCUGCCAGUAUCAAUGCUGUGGUCUGCCAGGCCACUCAUUGCUUGAUGCUGUGAGAGGUUCGGAGAAGGCCUCUCAUCCAAUACAAACCAGGAUCUCCCUGGAGCAUGAGAUUUUGCUGCACCCUCGCUACUUUGGGCCACAGCUGAUGGACACUGUGAGACAGAUGCUGUUCACCGAAGUGGAGGGAACCUGUACUGGAAAGUAUGGGUUCGUCAUCGCUGUCACCACUAUUGAUCACAUCGGCUCAGGCAUGAUUCAGGUUGGCCGAGGAUUUGUGUUGUACCCCAUCAAGUACAAAGCUAUCGUGUUCAGACCCUUCAAAGGAGAGGUGCUGGACGCUGUCGUCACUCAGAUCAAUAAGAUUGGACUCUUUUGUGAAAUCGGACCCAUGCAGUGCUUCAUCUCCAGACAUUCCAUCCCACAGGAUCUAGAAUUUGAUCCCAACUCCAACCCUCCGUGCUACAAGAGCAGAGAUGAGGAAGUUGUUAUUCAACAGGAUGAUGAAAUAAGAGUGAAAAUUGUUGGCACCAGAGUGGAUGCAACUGAUAUAUUUGCCAUUGGAACACUCAUGGAUGAUUACUUGGGUCUCACCAGCUGAAGAGCAACAGACACAUCCUGCAUCCUGUACUAUAACAUUAGUCAUACAUGUCUGCUUCAGAUAUCAUAUUCAUCUCUAAGAAAUUGGUGUCAGCUUUGACUUGAUUUCCAAUAAAAAUAAUUUUAUA